AUGGCCUCGCCCCUUCAGCACGCUGGCCAAGCCCAGAUCUUUUCUGCUCCCUCAGACAAUGUCGAUGCUCAGAUCGAAGACAAGAACUCUCCUUCAACAUUUCACAAAGCCAUCGCUGAGGCCGCUCCCGCUGUGGCUGAGGACCCACACGAUAGCGGAUUUUUCGAAGUUGAAGACUCGGUCGCACCUGAAAUGGCCUAUAAAGAUUUCACCCUCUAUCCCGAGGACGAUCGUUCUGAGAUCGAAGUUCCCAUAUACGGAAUGUUCGCAGACAUCGACGCCGCUACUGGUCUAAUUGAGGGUGAUACUAGCCAUAACAGCGGAGUCAAGUCCGACGACUACACUCUGACUCCACAACGCUCCGCUGAGGAGGGAGGUCCUUCUCUCAGCAACACACUCAGUGGUGGCAUCAUCGAGGGUGUGAAUGAAGAUGUGUACGAAGUCCUCGAGACCGAUUACGAGAUUUGCUUUCAACCUGGCUAUUUCGCUCCCUCUCCUCCCGACGUUUCAUCUCGGGACCCAUUUGCGCGGUGGCUCGGCACCUACCACCGCCACGAGGAGAGUGCAUAUCUGCUAGAGCGGCCGCCAUAUCUUGCCCACAACUUGGAGAAGCAGUAG